AUGGAGCCCGGCGAUUAUGCCACCCUGGACGGGGCCAAGGCCAUGGAAGGCUUGCCCGGAGCCGGAGGGAGCCGGAAUCUAGCCGCCCGCUCCCCCCUCCCUAGCCACCCCGCCGCCGCCGGGGCGCCUCCACUGCUGCCCGCCGCCGUCAGCUAUGCUCCCCUAGACCUGCCGGGCUCUGCGGAACCGCCAAAGCAGUGCCACCCGUGCCCCGGGGUGCCCCAGGGGACGGCCCCCGCUGCGGUGCCCUAUGGCUACUUUGGAGGCGGGUACUAUUCCUGCCGGGUGUCCCGGAGCUCGCUGAAGCCCUGUGCCCAGGCGGCCACCCUCGCUGCCUACCCCGCCGAGACCGCCGCGCCCGGGGAGGAGUACCCCAGCCGGCCCACCGAGUUUGCCUUCUAUCCGGGGUACCCAGGACCCUACCAGCCAAUGGCCAGUUACCUGGAUGUGUCGGUGGUGCAGACUCUGGGCGCCCCGGGGGAGCCCCGCCACGACUCCCUGCUGCCUGUGGACAGUUACCAGCCCUGGGCCCUCACCGGGGGCUGGAAUGGCCAGAUGUGUUGCCAGGGGGAACAGAACCCACCGGGUCCCUUCUGGAAGGCGGCAUUUGCAGAGUCAGGAGUGCAGCACCCUCCAGAUGGCUGCGCCUUCCGACGUGGCCGAAAGAAGCGCAUUCCUUACAGCAAGGGCCAGUUGCGGGAGCUGGAGCGGGAAUAUUCAGCGAACAAGUUCAUCACCAAGGACAAGAGGCGCAAGAUCUCGGCAGCCACCAGCCUCUCAGAGCGCCAGAUCACCAUCUGGUUUCAGAACCGCCGGGUUAAGGAGAAGAAAGUCCUGGCCAAGGUCAAGACCACCACUAAUCCGUGAGGGAGAUCCCUGGCUGGGGAGGU